CAGAAGUAAUUAGGGUCUCAGACAAGAGCUAAAGGUUUAUUCAGAUUUAUUUCAGAUUAACAAGUUUACUGUCAAAAACGUCAUACAAAAUUGUCAAAUUCAGUGAAAUGUGUAUGAUGGCGUGGAAUUGAAGCAGGUCUUAGCAGGUUAUAAAGAAAAAUAUAAAAUGGCUUUUAAAGUGAAUAGAGUACCUGAAAGUAUCGACUUUCCGAAAGAAGAAGAAGGGAUCUUGAAAUUUUGGAAAGAUAUUGAUGCAUUUCACAGUUGUCUUAAACAGUCAAAAAAUAAACCCAGGUACUCAUUUUAUGAUGGGCCUCCUUUUGCAACGGGACUGCCUCAUUAUGGCCACAUACUUGCUGGAACUAUCAAGGAUGUUGUCACAAGAUAUGCUCAUCAGCAGGGGUACCAUGUAGAAAGAAGAUUUGGUUGGGAUUGCCAUGGACUGCCGGUUGAGUUUGAAAUUGAUAAAGCUUUAGGCAUCAAAGGUCCUGAAGAUGUUGAGAAAAUGGGCAUUGACAAGUACAAUGCAGAAUGUCGCAAAAUUGUUAUGAAGUAUGCUGGGGAUUGGGAAAUGAUCAUCACGAGAAUGGGUCGCUGGAUUGAUUUCAAGAAUGAUUAUAAAACUCUCUAUCCUUGGUAUAUGGAGUCUAUUUGGUGGGUAUUCAAGGAGCUGUAUAAUAAAGGUUUGGUUUAUCAAGGUGUUAAAGUAAUGCCCUACUCCACUGCCUGUUCCACUCCGCUGUCCAACUUUGAGUCUGGACAGAACUACAAGGAUGUAGUAGAUCCUGCAGUUGUGGUGUCUUUCCCCACAGCCGAAGGUUUCGCCUUACUCGCUUGGACCACCACACCAUGGACCUUACCCAGCAAUUUAGCUCUUUGUGUGAACCCCAAGCUAAUCUACAUCAAAGUUAAAGAAAAGGGAACCAAUAACUUGUAUGUACUACAGGAAUCUAGAUUACAUGCUUUAUUCAAAAAUAUUGAAGACUUCGAAGUAUUGGAGAAGUUCCCUGGCGAAAAACUUAAGGGACUAAAAUACACGCCUAUAUUUGAUUACUUUGUCAAGCAGUGUCCGAACGCUUUCCGGGUUCUUGCUGAUAGUUAUGUCACGGACGACUCAGGUACAGGUAUUGUACAUCAAGCCCCAUACUUUGGUGAGGAUGACUUCAGGGUUUGUCUUGCCGCGGGAGUUAUCAACAGGGAUCAGGAAAUUAUAUGCCCAGUUGACCCUAGUGGCCGAUUUAUGGAGCCAGUCAAAGACUUCUUGGGGCAAUAUGUUAAAGAUGCUGAUAAAAAUAUUAUCGCAAAUUUGAAGGCUCGUAACCGACUUGUCCAAUUAGGCCAAGUUAAGCAUAGCUAUCCCUUCUGUUGGCGAUCAGAAACUCCUCUCAUUUACAAGGCUGUUCCUUCUUGGUUUGUUAGAGUUGAACAAAUGAAUCAAGAUCUUCUGAAAUCUUGUGAGGCGACAUACUGGGUCCCUGAGUAUGUGAAAGAGAAAAGAUUUAGAAAUUGGCUCAAAGAAGCUCGUGAUUGGGCCAUCAGUCGUAAUAGGUACUGGGGCACACCAAUUCCCCUAUGGAUAUCUAGUGAUAGACAAGAGGUAGUAUGUGUUGGCAGUAUUGCUGAGUUAGAGGCUUUGACUGGAAAAGAAAUAAAGGAUUUACAUAGAGAAAGCAUUGACCAUUUAGAGAUUCCAUCUUCUCGGCCAGGACAGCCUCCUCUGAAACGUGUACCUGAAGUAUUUGACUGUUGGUUUGAAUCAGGUUCUAUGCCUUAUGCGCAGUGCCAUUACCCAUUCGAAAACAAAAAAGAGUUUGACGAUAUAUUCCCCGCUAACUUUAUUGCUGAAGGUAUUGACCAAACAAGGGGAUGGUUUUACACGCUCAUUGUACUAUCAACAGCAUUAUUCAAAAAGCCUCCAUUUAAAAACUUGAUUGCGAAUGGUUUGGUCUUAGCAGCUGACGGACAAAAAAUGUCUAAAAGGAAAAAAAACUACCCUGAUCCUCUAGAAGUGGUCAAAAAGUAUGGCGCUGACGCUUUGCGACUAUACCUCGUCAAUUCUCCAGUUGUCAAAGCUGAGAAUCUUCGAUUUAAAGAAGAAGGUGUGAGGGAUAUUAUAAAAGACGUAUUUUUGCCAUGGUACAAUGCUUUUAGAUUCUUAAUGCAAAAUGUUGAAAGAAUUGUGCAGGAAGAUAAAAUCGACUAUAGAUUUAAUGAAAAGGCAGUGAGAGAAAACGUUAUGGAUAAGUGGAUUACAUCAUUCACACAAUCUCUGAUACAAUUUGUGAAAAAGGAGAUGGCAGCCUAUAGGCUGUAUACUGUAGUACCAAGGUUGACGAAGUUCAUCGAUCAUUUAACAAACUGGUAUGUAAGGAUGAACAGGAAGAGGUUGAAGGGAGAUAAUGGAGUCAAGGACUGCCAGGUAGCAUUAGACACGCUGUUCGGAGUCUUGUUUGACAUGGUACGAGUAAUGGCACCAUUUACUCCUUUCCUUACCGAAUUGAUGUAUAAGACGCUACGCCAACUUUUAUCUGGUGACUCUCUCGAAAGUGUACACUUUAACAUGAUAACUGAUCCAAAAUUAGAUUUAGUCAACAAUGACAUAGAAAGAGCUGUUCAAAGAAUGCAGUCCGUCAUUGAAUUAGGUAGAGUUGUUAGGGACCGCAAAACUGUACCUAUCAAAUAUCCGCUGCCUGAAAUGGUUGUCAUCCACCGCGACCCAGUUUACUUAGAAGAUGUUAAAUCUUUGGAGAAGUACGUUCUCGAAGAGUUGAAUAUAAAGAAAGUGCAAUUAACAAGUGACAAAGAGAAAUAUGGCAUUACCCUGCGAGCAGAGCCCGACCACAAAAUUCUUGGAACAAGAUUAAAGGGCGAUUUCAAGGCGAUCACACAAGCUUUGAAAGAUCUUAACAAUGAGCAAUGUGAAAAGCUUAUUGCUGAUGGAUCCAUUGAAUUACUUGGACAUCACAUUGAAGUGUCCGAAGUGAGGAUGAUAUUCCAGGCGCAAGGCAACGACCAAUACGAGGCGCACAGCGACAACGACGUCCUGAUCCUACUCAACGUUACUCCCGAUCAGGACAUGCUUGAUGAAGGCUUUGCUAGGGAAAUCAUUAACAGAGUCCAGAAGUUACGUAAGAAAGCCCACUUAGUUCCAACAGACGACGUAAAUAUCUAUUUCGCCGUGAACAAGUCCAGUGAUAUCCUUCGUAUCAUAAACUUACACCGAGAGUUUAUCGAGAGCACGGUCAAAGGGCCACUGAUCCCUAUUGAGGAAAUCAAGCCAUCCAUGCCCGUAGUCAUUGAGGAGACGCAAGAACUUAAAGGAUCCUCACUAAAAUUGGUCAUUACCUGGAGAAAAGAGGUUGAACUUCCUGCUAAUCCUUGGGCAAAUAUUGUCCUCCAAGGACUUACACCUCGGUAUGGAGCCUCGAGUAAGCAAGGUAGCAUAAUACUUAAGGAUAAAACAAGUAAGUUUAUAAGCUUAGAAAAACUUUAUCAAGAGGUAAAUGUCCUAUUUGGUCUGUAUGGUGUUAAGUUUACAUUAUGGUGUAAUGGGGCGGAAGUUAAAGACACUUCGAGUUUGAACGCUAAAACUCUGAUUGCUUCUCCGAACAAGCCAAAAGAUAAUGAAUCAAGCACAAGUCCUUUCUGCAAAUUCAUUAAUGUUGCGAAUGGCAAAAAGUCUGCUACUUUGUUCUUAGAAAAUCCGGUGGGAAAGGUAACAUUAAACCAGGACGAAGCUUUAAAAUUCGUUACCGAAUAUUUGGGAAAUAAACCAGGAGAUGUCAACAAGAAUUUAUUUAAAGUUUGAAGACUGUCAAAGACACAAUUUUAAACCUUGCUAAUCUAAGGAUUUUAGGAAUAACCAAUCUAAUUUCUCUCUCCAAUAUUAUUAAUGCUAUUACCAUAUUUAACCACUCAGUAGUCUUCAAUUUUGUAUGCUAUCCAGUGCGAUUGUACUACAAACAUCUUAGAAUACCUUGCGUGAAGUUCAGGACUUUUUAUAUUUACGUACAAAUUGCGAUUUUUCUUUAAAUGCCGUUUGAGUGAAUGGAUUUCAUUACAUAGCUCAUGAAUGUUUUAUCAUGCGUCUCAAUGUUCUUAUUUAAUAAAUUAUUGUUUAACAACUAA